UUGCUCGCCGCCCCGCGCCCCCGCCCCGCGCCCCCCGGCCCCGCGCCCCGCGCCCCCGGCUUGUCCGCCCAGCGGUACCCCUCCGCGGCGGGGCCGCCGCCGUCGCCGCCGGGCCAGCCGGAGCGGGAGCCGACCCGGCGGGCCGGGGCCGGGGGCUCGGGGCCGGGGGCGGCGCGUUCCAGCCGGGGCUGGGUGCCGUGCCGGGUCCGCGGUGACCGCGCCGCCCGGGCGAUGCCCGCGGGGACGCCGCCGACCGCCGGAGCGAGGGCCCCGCUCCCCGUGCUGCUCCCCUGUGGCCGUGUCGCAGCCUCCGGCAUUGAUCCUUAAUUCGGCCGCCUGCUCCACGUGGUUCGAGCACGUCAGCAUGCUGGUCAUCAUGCUCAACUGCGUGACCCUGGGCAUGUUCCGGCCCUGUGAGGACGUCGAGUGCCAGUCAGAGCGCUGCAGCAUCCUGGAGGCCUUCGACGACUUCAUCUUUGCCUUCUUCGCGGUGGAGAUGAUCAUCAAGAUGAUCGCCCUGGGUCUCUUUGGGCAGAAGUGCUACCUGGGGGACACGUGGAACAGGCUGGAUUUUUUCAUCGUCAUGGCGGGCAUGAUGGAAUACUCACUGGACGGACACAACGUGAGCCUCUCGGCCAUCCGGACGGUGCGCGUGCUGCGGCCCCUGCGCGCCAUCAACCGUGUGCCCAGCAUGCGGAUCUUGGUCACGCUGCUGCUGGACACUCUGCCCAUGCUCGGGAAUGUCCUUCUGCUCUGCUUCUUCGUCUUCUUCAUUUUCGGUAUCGUCGGUGUACAGCUGUGGGCCGGCCUGCUUCGGAACCGCUGCUUCCUGGACAGCACCUUUGCCAGAAACAACAACCUCAGCUUCCUGCGGCCGUACUACCAGACGGAGGAGGGCGAGGAGAACCCCUUCAUCUGCUCCUCGCGCCGAGACAACGGCAUGCAGAAGUGCUCGCACAUCCCCAGCCGCCGGGAGCUGCGCGUGGAGUGCACGCUGGGCUGGGAGGCUUACGGGCAGCCACAGGCCGAGGGUGCAGCAGGCACCGCCCACAACGCUUGCAUCAACUGGAACCAGUAUUACAACGUGUGCCGCUCGGGCGGUUCCAACCCCCACAAUGGCGCCAUCAACUUUGACAACAUCGGCUAUGCCUGGAUUGCCAUCUUCCAGGUGAUCACGCUGGAGGGCUGGGUGGACAUAAUGUACUACGUCAUGGAUGCCCAUUCCUUCUACAACUUCAUCUACUUCAUUUUGCUCAUCAUUGUGGGCUCCUUCUUCAUGAUCAACCUGUGCCUGGUGGUGAUCGCCACACAGUUCUCGGAGACCAAGCAGCGGGAGAACCAGCUCAUGCGGGAGCAGCGUGCGCGGUACCUGUCUGAUGACAGUACACUGGCCAGCUUCUCGGAGCCGGGCAGCUGCUACGAGGAGCUGCUCAAGUACGUGGGCCAUAUCUGCCGCAAGGUCAAGAGACGCACGCUGCGCCUCUACGCUCGCUGGCAGAGCCGCUGGUGCAAGAAGGUGGACCCUAGCAGCGCCCCGCAUGGCCAGGGCCCCGGGCGCCGGCCGAGGCGGGCGGGGAGGCACACGGCCUCCGUGCACCACCUGGUCUACCACCACCAUCACCACCACCACCAUCACUACCACUUCAGCCAUGGCAGCCCACGCCGGCCCGGCCCCGGGGACACCAGGCUAGUGCCGGCCGGGGCCUUGCCCUCCCCGCCCUCGCCGGGCCGUGGGCCCCCUGAUGCCGAGUCGGUGCACAGUGUGUACCACGCGGACUGCCACGUGGAGGGGCCACAAGAGAGGGCCCGGGUGGCACACACCACAGGCACGGCAGCCGCCAGCCUCAAGGUGGCCACGGGGCUGGGUGCCAUGAACUACCCCACCAUCCUGCCCUCAUCCAUAGGGGGCGGCAAAGGUGGUACCGGCCCCGGGCCCAAGGGGAAGCGGGUCAGCGGGCCUCCAGGUGCCGGAGAGCACAGCCCCCUGAGCCUGAGGGGCGCCGACCCCUAUGAGAAGAUCCAGCAUUUGGUCGGGGAACAUGGACUGGGCCGGACCCCCAGCCGCCUGUCGGGCCUGAGUGUGCCCUGCCCCCUGCCCAGCCCCCAGGCGGGCACGCUGACCUGCGAGCUGAAGAACUGUCCGUAUUGCACCAGCGCCCUGGACGACCCUGACUUCGAGCUCAGUGACUCUGAGAGCGGAGGCUCGGAAGGCAACAUGGUGUAUGAAUUCACACAGGAUGUGCGGCACGGUGACCACCGCGACCCCAUGCGGUUCCCCCCGGCAGCAGAUGCACCAAGCCAGGGCAGUGCACGGCCGCGGGCGCAGCGGCGGGCGGCCCCGGGCGAGCAGGGCGGGCUUGGCCACAUCUGGGCCACCUUUAGUGGCAAGCUGUGCCGAAUCGUGGACAGCAAGUACUUCAACCGCGGCAUCAUGGUGGCCAUCCUCACCAACACGCUGAGCAUGGGCGUUGAGUACCACGAGCAGCCCGAUGAGCUGACCAGUGCCCUGGAGAUCAGCAACAUCGUGUUCACCAGCAUGUUCGCCCUGGAGAUGCUGCUGAAGCUGCUGGCUUGCAGCCCGCUGGGCUACAUCCGGAACCCCUACAACAUCUUUGACGGCAUCAUCGUGGUCAUCAGCGUCUGGGAGAUCAUCGGGCAGGCGGACGGUGGCCUGUCGGUGUUGCGGACCUUCCGGCUGCUGCGUGUGCUGAAGCUGGUGCGUUUCAUGCCUGCGCUGCGGCGUCAGCUGGUGGUGCUCAUGAAGACCAUGGAUAACGUGGCCACCUUCUGCAUGCUGCUCAUGCUCUUCAUAUUCAUCUUCAGCAUCCUGGGCAUGCAUCUCUUUGGCUGCAAGUUCAGCCUGACGACAGACACCGGAGACACGGUCCCCGACAGGAAGAACUUUGACUCCCUGCUGUGGGCCAUUGUCACCGUGUUCCAGAUCCUCACCCAGGAGGACUGGAACGUCGUCCUCUACAACGGCAUGGCUUCCACCUCCUCCUGGGCCGCUCUCUACUUCGUGGCGCUGAUGACCUUCGGCAACUACGUGCUCUUCAACCUGCUGGUGGCCAUCCUGGUGGAGGGCUUCCAGGCAGAGGGGGACGCUAACAGGUCCGACACGGAUGAAGACAAGACAUCCACCCACUUGGAGGAGGAUUUUGACAAGUUCCGGGAUCUCCGGGCCACGGAGAUGAAGAUGUACUCGCUGGCCGUGACCCCCAACGGGCUCCUGGAGGGCCGCGGCAGCCUGCCCCCUCCCCUCAUCAUGCGCACAGCGGCCACGCCCAUGCCCACCCCCAAGAGCUCCCCACACCUGGACCCGGCCCCCAGCCUCCUGGACUCGCGGCGUGGCAGCAGCAGCUCUGUGGACCCACAGCUGGGUGACCAGAAGUCGCUGUCCAGCCUCCGGAGCUCGCCCUGUGCCCACUGGGGCCCCAACAGUGCCCGGAGCAGCCGGCGCUCAAGCUGGAACAGCCUGGGCCGCGCACCCAGCCUCAAACGGCGGAGCCAGUGUGGGGAGCGUGAGUCUCUGCUGUCCGGGGAGGGCAAGGGUAGCACAGACGAGGAAGCGGAGGAUGGCAGGCCCGGGGCAGGGGCCUCUCCGGGGACACGCCCCACCCCGCUGCGGCGCGCCGAGUCCCUGGACCACCGCAGCACCCUGGACCUGCGGCCCCCACGGCCAGCUGCACUGCUGCCCACCAAGUUCCACGACUGCAACGGGCAGGUGCUGGCCCUGCCCAGUGAGUUCUUCCUGCGCAUCGACAGCCACAAAGAGGAUCCAGCCGAGUUUGACGACGACAUGGAGGAUAGUUGUUGCCUGCGCCUGCACAAGGUGCUGGAACCCUACAAGCCUGCGUGGUGUCGCAGCCGGGAGCCCUGGGCCCUGUACCUCUUCUCUCCGCAGAACAGGUUCCGGGUCUCCUGCCAGAAGAUCAUCGCUCACAAGAUGUUCGAUCAUGUGGUCCUGGUCUUCAUCUUUCUCAACUGCGUCACCAUCGCCCUAGAGAGGCCCGACAUCGACCCGGGCAGCACCGAGCGCGUCUUCCUCAGCGUUUCCAACUACAUUUUCACGGCGAUUUUCGUGGCCGAGAUGAUGGUGAAGGUGGUGGCCCUGGGCCUGGUCUCCGGCGAGCACGCCUACCUGCAGAGCAGCUGGAAUGUGCUGGACGGGCUGCUGGUCCUGGUGUCCCUGGUCGACAUCGUCGUAGCCAUGGCCUCAGCCGGUGGCGCCAAGAUCCUGGGCAUCCUGCGUGUGCUGCGUCUGCUGCGGACGCUACGGCCCCUGAGGGUCAUCAGCCGUGCUCCGGGCCUCAAGUUGGUGGUGGAGACUCUGAUAUCGUCACUCAGGCCCAUCGGGAACAUCGUGCUCAUCUGCUGCGCCUUUUUCAUCAUCUUCGGCAUCCUGGGGGUGCAGCUCUUCAAAGGGAAGUUUUACUACUGCGAAGGCGCUGACACCAGGAACAUCUCCACCAAGGCUGAGUGCCAGGCCGCACGCUACCGCUGGGUGCGGCGCAAAUACAACUUCGACAACCUGGGCCAGGCGCUGAUGUCCCUGUUUGUGCUGUCCUCCAAGGAUGGCUGGGUGAACAUCAUGUACGACGGGCUGGAUGCUGUGGGCAUAGACCAGCAGCCCGUGCCCAACCACAACCCCUGGAUGCUGCUGUACUUCAUUUCCUUCCUGCUCAUCGUCAGCUUUUUUGUGCUCAACAUGUUCGUGGGCGUCGUGGUGGAGAAUUUCCACAAGUGCCGGCAGCACCAGGAGGCCGAGGAGGCCCGGCGGCGCGAGGAGAAGCGGCAGCGGCGGCUGGAGCGAAAACGCAGGAGCACUUUCCCCAGCCCAGAGGCCCAGCGCCGGCCCUACUACGCCGACUACUCGCCCACCCGCCGCUCCAUUCACUCGCUGUGCACCAGCCACUAUCUUGACCUCUUUAUCACCUUCAUCAUCGGGGUCAACGUCAUCACCAUGUCCAUGGAACACUACAACCAGCCCAAGUCGCUGGACGAGGCUCUCAAGUACUGCAACUACGUGUUCACCAUCGUCUUCGUCUUUGAGGCCGUGCUGAAGCUCGUGGCUUUUGGGUUCCGGAGGUUCUUCAAGGACAGGUGGAACCAGCUGGACCUGGCCAUCGUGCUGCUGUCCAUCAUGGGCAUCACACUGGAGGAGAUCGAGAUGAACGCAGCUCUGCCCAUCAACCCCACCAUCAUCCGCAUCAUGCGCGUGCUCCGCAUUGCCCGCGUGCUGAAGCUGCUCAAGAUGGCCACAGGCAUGCGGGCUCUGCUGGACACGGUGGUUCAAGCCCUGCCCCAGGUAGGGAACCUCGGCCUACUUUUCAUGCUCCUGUUUUUUAUCUAUGCUGCCCUGGGGGUGGAGCUGUUUGGGAGGCUCGAGUGCAGUGAGGACAACCCCUGUGAGGGCCUGAGCCGGCACGCCACCUUCUCCAACUUCGGCAUGGCCUUUCUCACGCUGUUCCGCGUGUCCACGGGGGACAACUGGAAUGGGAUCAUGAAGGACACGCUGCGGGAGUGUGCCCGCGAGGACAAGCACUGUCUCAGCUACCUGCCCGCUAUCUCCCCCAUCUACUUCGUCACCUUCGUGCUGGUGGCCCAGUUUGUGCUGGUGAACGUGGUGGUGGCCGUGCUCAUGAAGCACCUGGAGGAGAGCAACAAGGAGGCCCGCGAGGACGCAGAGCUGGACGCCGAGCUGGAGCUGGAGGUGGCGCAGGGGCCGCCCGCCUGCCCCCGGCCCGUGGCCCAGCACAGCCCAGACGCCCCCGGCUUGCUGGUGGUGCGCAAGGUGUCGGUGUCCAGGAUGCUGUCCCUGCCCAAUGACAGUUACAUGUUCCGGCCCGUGGCGCCCGCCUCGGCCCCACACCCCCGCCCGCUGCGGGAAGUGGACGUGGAGAUGUGCUCGGGCGUGGCCGCUGCAGGCCCAGUGACCUCCGCACACUCCCCGCCCGUGGAGCCCUGCACCUCUCUCCAGGUCCCCUCGGCAGCCACGCUCUCCCCAGCCAGGGACAGCGACACUCUCCAUGCCCUGUCCCCUCAGGGUGCAGCCCGCUCCCCCAGCCUCAGCCGGCUGCUUUGCACACAGGAGACCAUGCGCACCGACUCGCAGGAAGGGCAUGUUAAUGGCCCCAGGGACAGCGGCCCGGGCUGGGGGGAGCCUGGCAGGAAGACCCCUGUGAGGCAAGCGUCCCUGGGGGCCUCCAUACGGUCCCCACCCCGGUCCCCGCGGCCCAGCAGUGUCCGCACCCGCAAGCACGCUUUCGGGCAGCGCUGUGUCUCUGGCAGGCCACUGGCCCCAGGAGGGGAGGAGGCUGAGGUCCCGGAUCCUGCCGACGAGGAGGUCAGCCAUAUCACCAGCUCGGCCCUGAGCCCCGCAGCCUCACCCACUGCCCGAGGAGGGGGAGGCAGUGACCCGGACCUGCGGAGGUUCUACAGUGUGGACACCCAGGGCUUCCUGGACAAGCCCUGCCAGGCAGAUGAGCAGAGGCGGUCCUCCGGGGAGCAAGGGGGUGGGGAUGGCCACCUGGAGGGCAGGGAGGCAAAGGCUCGGGCCCCGGAGGCCGAGCCAGCCUUGGGGGCACGCAGGAAGAAGAAGAUGAGCCCGCCCUGCAUCUCCGUAGACCCCCCAGUGGAGGAUGAGGGCACAGCUCGGGCCCCAGUGGCCGAGGGCAGCAGCACCACUCUGCGGCGGCGGACCCCGUCCUGUGAGGCCAUGCCACACAGGGACUCCCUGGAGCCCAUGGAGGGGGCAGGGGUGGACCCUGCCGCCAGGGGGGAGCGUCGGGCCCAGGCCCCCUGCCGUGCAGAACACCUGACCGUCCCCAACUUUGCCUUUGAGCCGCUGGACGCGGGGGGCCCUGGCGGAGACCCGUUUUCAGACGGUGGCCAUAGUAUGGCCCCAGAACCCAGGGCUUCCUUUUCAGGGGCCACAGUGCCUCCUGAACCCCACAAAACAGAGCCUCCCGUGCCCUCCAGCGACCCCCCAGAGAAGGGGCGGGGGCUGCACCUCAAAGUCCUCCAGAGCCCCCCAAAGAAAGCAGGGUCUCCCCCAGCCACCCCCACCCUGGGUAACAGUGUAAACAGGCCCGUGUAGCUCAGGGCAUGGUGCCACACAGGUUUUAGCAGUGGGGUUGGGGUGCACCCAGCAGGGUGGCAGCCCCGGGCAGGGCUGUGCGUGGACCCCAGCGCGGGCCCUGCUGCGGCGGAGAGGCCCGUAAGGCUGUCCGCCCAGGGAGGGAGGCGGACACUGGGUCUGGGCAAAGCAGAACAGGGAGGAGCUCCUCAGCCUAUGAGCCUCCAUCUGGUGGAUUCAGGUUUGGGUUUUUCCGAGUUUCGUCACCAUGGUCUGAGGCCGUGCCAGCGCCCAGUCGGGUCCCCUGACAGCCGCUGUGUCCCUGCAACAGGGAUCAGGAAACGACCAGAAGGAGGCAGUCCAAGGCUACCCAGCAGAGCCCUGUUCUCACGCCCACUUACUUUUCUAGGGAACACGUGCUUGGGGCCACCUGUGCCCUCCUGGGUGGCAGCUUGGUCCCCGAGGCCGCCACACCCAUGCUCACUGUCCCUCAGUCUGAGUUCUCACCUGUCCGCCCCACUCCUUGUCACUGUCUCCCCAGCUCCCUUCUGGGCCCACGCCCCACCAUUCUGCCCUCGGGUAUUCCAGACGCGCCCACGUCGCAGGGGCGUGGGGUCCGUGCAAUAAAGUCCCCCGCCGCUGCCGGCGGCCCCGCCUGCACCUGGGCAGAGCGGUGCCCGCCAAUGCCCCUGUGUUUCAUGGACCUUUCUUUUAUAAAUUCAGGUUAAACAUUGCAAUAAUCUGAUACAGGAAAUUUGGCUUCUUAAGGGAAGGGACAGCAGGGGUGGGGGCCAAGCAAAGCGGAAUAAAUACUAACUUAUUUAAGAAAUGCGUUGGAUUACCACCGGCAGGAUCCGUAUCCCCGCAAGGGAGCGUGGCCAGCCUGUUGCCUUGCCAAGAGCAGGGCUCGGUGAUGCGGGCCUGCGGCCAGCUCCGGCACUAGCCCUGGGGUCCCUGCAGAGGCUUGACCUGUCUCCUCUGGUGGCCGAGGGAGGAGCCAAGUUCACAGCCCUGACCUUUGACCGGCUGGGCGCCCUGCUGCCCUCUCAGGGCCCAGGGCUCGUGCGAGGCAUGAGAGCGGGUACAGAUGGGCCCAGACAGGGUAGAACUUGAGAUCUCUUGAGAGUCCCACCGGCGAUGGCUGUGACCAUGCUGGCUGGUGGCCAAGCCCAGUGCAGACCAGCUCCAGGGUGGGGUCCAGGCCCUUCCCUUCCAGCCACGUAGCAAAGCAGGAGCCCGCCAUGGCCUACCAUAGCCUCCUCAGGGGUGGUCUGAGUUGUGGGAAGCCCCACCUGGCUGUGGCCAGAGCCUCUCUGCUCUGACCCCAGUGGGCAGGGCAAACACCAAGGCCUACAGGGUCUCUCUCUCAUCUCAGCCCCCAGGUUCACCCCCAAUCUCUCUCGGCCCACAGCUUCCCUGGGGCCGGGGUGUCCAGUUGAGGGGCUUCAGCUCCAUGAUUGAUUGGAAAAGUGACCCUAGCUGGAGGUCCACAGAACUUGCAGAUGCCCCCUGCCCUCCCCCCAGCCGCUCACUGGGUCCCCCACCAGGCACAGCCGGCUGAGCAGGAGACCAGUGUCCCAGAUCCAUGAUGUCUGUAUCCUGCAGGGUUGGGGGGCUGCCCUGAGCCCUGCAUGUGCUUGGUCUGAGGUGGGUCAGGGAGGGCCGUACACCUGCUGUGCAGGGCAGGAGGGCGCAGGAUGAGGGGGGAGCUGAGGGGCAGGCCCCACUUGCUUCUGCACACCCCGAAGAUGGGUCUUACCUCCCUUUGUCCCCCCCCCCAUGCAUCCUGUCACCUGGUGAUAAGUGGCCGGCUCAGGGACACACAGACCACAGCAGGACCAGGUCAGGUCAGAUCCAAGGUGCCCUGUGGACAAACCCACCUUUUCUCCUCACCCGGGCAGGGGUGGGGAUCAGUGCUCCCUACUUCCAGGAAGCCAUCCCCAGACUCCCCGUCCCCACACCCAGCCUGUGUUCCUGUGGUCUCCACCACAGAUCAGAUGGGCACAGCGCCCAGCUGUCCGGCUCAGAUCAGGCCCUUCCUAACCGUCCUCUGUGUGGCCGGGGCCUCAUGACCGAGCCGAUUAGGGGCCCUGGGAAGGGCUGGACUUUCCUGCACCCACCCCCAGUUCCCUGCCCAGCUCCAGGUCACAGCCCAGGUGGGAAGGUCCCUCUGAGACCCUCCAGGUCAGCGAUCCCCUCUUAGAGGUGGGGAAACUGAGGGACGGGGUGGUUGUGUGACGAUCUUCCAGGAUGUGGCUUCUCGGAUGUCCCCCUCCUACCAGGAGCUGAGACUCAAAAGGCGUGUUGAGUGUUUGUUCUGAUGAACGACAACAGUGGCGUGGCCUCCGUAUGCAGGGUCUGUGCUGAGCCUACGAUGGCCCCACACCUAGAGGGUGGGCCUUGGGAAAGGGGGAUCUGCCCCUGUCAGCCUGGUUGGGUGGCAGCAGUGUUGGGCCCAAGCCACCCCUCUUGGAGCCCAGGGGCCCUGAUGUCACCCAGUGUUGGGGAGCAGGGCAGGUCUGGAGGAGCCCAGCCCCUGACUCCUGAACCCCUAAUGUCAUCCUGGGGUCAGGGCCCUCACCUGUCCUGGCUCAGUUCACCUCCCCUAGUGGGGACCCUUCUCCCCAACUGUACCCCCUCACUCGGCUCCUGAGGGUGUCCUGUGCCGAGGUGCCCUCCUCCCCUGGCCCUGUAGAUACCCUCCCAGUCCAGCGGGGUCUCCUGUUGCCCAGUGAAGGUAGUGGGAGGGUCGACCCCCCAGGUCUGCUCGGUCUCAGCCUGACCCCGCGGAGGGCGGCCUGGCUUACCUGAUACAAGGUCUCUCGCCUUCCCCUGCUUGAGUGGGUCUGAGUUCCUCAGCUCCCUGGGCCAGAUAGGGGAAGCCGGGGGGUCUGAGGCCCCCUCCCCACUCCCCAAGUUGGGACCCUCACCCACAUCUCAAGGAAUCCAGGGGCUUCCAGAUCUCGUCCCUUGGUCUCUCCCCUGCACGACAUGCUUUUAAAGUCUUAAGUGUAGGGGCGCCUGGGGGUGCAGGUGGUUGAGCCCCCGACCCUUGGUUUCGGCUCAAGUUGUGAUCUCAGGGUGGUGAGAUUGAGCUCCAGGACAGCUCCGCACUCAGCAGGGAGUCUGCUGGAGCUCCUCCUUCUUUCUCUGCCCUUCCUCCACUCAUUCUCUCUCUCUCUCUCCCUCUCUCUCUCUCUCUCUCUCUCUCUCUCUCAAA